AUGGCCAAGAUCCUGUCCAAGGUGGCCAACUGGCUUUAUCUGGUUCUCCAGCCCCAGUAUCUCCAUAAAGAGGUGGCCUACUCCCACUUGUACCACUUUCUAGCAGCAUACCUUACUCAAGGAUUCAAGAUCAGAACAGCAGUUUACACAUCUGUACUGGGACAUUCUCAGCUAUUGAUCAAUUUAUACGGAAAGCUCGACUGUGGAACGUGCCUUGUUCCGCUUAAUAUAUGGAUUCCGCUCAAUUACCCGUUCCAGGACGAAAACAUUCCCACCCUGGAGCCCAACGGUGUUCCAGUGGUGUUUGUUGUGCCAGAACACGGUUUGAUGAUAAGACCUAAUAACAAUGUUGAUUCUCAGGGCCGCUUCUACCAUCCUUUCAUGGCUCUGUGGCAUCAGAACUACACGCCGACGGCCCAGACUCGAGACUUUUCGCUCCUUCUGCUUAUGACGUGUUUGAAAGUCACUUUUGAGCAGAAUCCUCCACUUAAUACAAGACCUGAACCCCCAGCAGCCCCUCCAAAGGUUCAGCCUACAAACACGGGUCCUCAAUUGCCACCAAAGAUGUCGUAUAACGAAACCCCGGUUCAGCUGCCGACUCCAGAACCACCUCGCAGAGAGACGAAUGGACCACCUUUACCCCAGAAGCCCGUUGAAGCUCCGAAGCCUGUUGAAGCUCAACCUACUCAAGAUACGAGCAUACCGGAGAAAUAUAGAAUGCCUUUGCCUUUACCUCCACAAGAUUCGCCUUCUCCAGCACCAGUUCAGUCUCCACCUCAGUUGAGUGGACCACCGCCUCAAGUCGUUUAUCAGGACAAUUCUGAGCUCUAUGAGCCUAGAAGGCUCAGACCCCAGGGCCCAGGAAAGCCCCCUAUUGCAAGAAAGGUCCAGAGUACAGAGAAUCCUCAGGGUAUCAAUGAAGUCGAAGAUCUCAUGGACAAGGUCACACUCAACGAGAAUAAGGGCGACAGGCCUAUACUUCAGAUGAUUAGUGACAAGAUCAACGAGUUCCUCGCAUCCGAGGAGAGCCUAGUCACUGCUGCUCCGUUUGUUGAGCAACAGAAGCUCAAGAUAGAGGCCCUUGAAAAUCAGCUUCUGAGCCAUCUCAAACAGGCUCAUGCAAACGAAGAAAAUCUCCAGAACCACAUCACGUACGUUCAAGGACAGGUAGAGUCUAUACGAAAGCUUAACGAAGAGCUACAGCAAGUGGACCAGAUCAACGCAGAGUCGAAGGACGAGGUUGCUUUUGGAACUGGGCCCGGCCAGAAAAUCAAGCUAGAGGAUAUUGUGACUCCUGACUCGAUUCUUGUGAAUCAGUUGUACGACACUGUUGCUGAUAUCAAGGCCCACAAAGACACGAUAGAUCUUGUUGGAGGCAAUUUCAAGGGCGAAAGUGAGCUCAUCAACGACGAGAACAUGGACCAGUGUAUUAAGUCGGUCAGAGGAUUAGCGAGAGAGUUGUUUUGGCUUGAGGUUACCAAGACGGAGAUCGGCAAGUCCAUGGGUCUUCAGAUGUAG